AUGGUGCGAACAGCGAAGCGCAACUAUAAGCUUAGGCUGGUCAAGUGCGCCAAGGAUCAUCCUAAGAAAUAUUACGGGUAUGUGCAAUCUAAAGGAACACUCAGGGAUGACGUGGGGCCGCUGAAGACCGGGGGGCAAGCCGUCACUGCAGACGAUAACAGUAAGGCGGACACACUAAGUAUCUACUUUAGCAGUGUUCAUCGUACGGACAACGGUGCUUCCUCAACCUGGUACACAGUAACUGCUCCGGUGGUUAUUGACGAUUUGCGUCCAACGGAGAACAUGCAAAAUGAUCGUGAUGAUGAUCGUGAUGAUGAUGAUGAUGAGGAGGAGGAGGAUGAUGAUGAUGAUGAUGAUGAUGAUGAUGACGAUGAUGAGGAGGAGGAGGAGGAUGAGGAUGAUGACGAGGACGACAACGACAACGACAACGACAACGAAAGUUAA